AGAUGAACACGAAUAAUGAAUCUUCAGUCACACAUAUAAACCGAGUGUAUCCGGCGUGUCGAGUCAGACUCACAGCGAUGUUGGCUACACUCUGUGCAUUUCUUCUAGCCUGGUCUGCAUCAGCAUCAGGGUAUGAAUAUAAAAUACUGUAUGUUGACGCAAAGGUAACGAAAUCCUCUCCGGAAUACUUCGGCAAGAAUCUAGUCAUCGAAGUUCUGAAAUACAAUGACACCAUGCCCGUCCUAAAUUGUUCGUUCACCUUGUUAAAGGCGUUCCCAGAAGACAUGACAGUUGAAGUGGAGGGGCUUACAAAGCAAAACAACAAUGUUUACAAGGCAGGGGCAUUCAGAACCUCAAAAAUGAAGUAUUGUGAUUUUCUUGUGGAAAAACCCCAGUACGCAGGCGUACUUACAGACUUUGGUAAUAUGGUGAAGAGGUGCCCCAUGUCUGCUGGUAAGUACGUAGUUAAUAACGCCAUCGUUGAUGAAACGAGGUUCCCACGUUUGCCAGGCAUCAAAGGAUGGCGCUUGGAUGUUACAUUAAAAGUGAAGAAAACCACCAUAUUUAAGGUCUCGAUAUUUGUCAGAAUAGAUUCGUAAGCGAUGAAACUGCAUUCUCUUCCUGCCUUGUGUCUUUAUUUCACGUCCUGGAUGUUCGACGGAAAGAAACCAAGAGUGGCACAACAAAUCAAUCACGCACAAGAUCUGGUCCUAUUACACUUCUUUUUGUGCUUUAAAUGAUGAAUUUUGAAACUUACGUUGUGUGAAAUAAUAAAUACAAAUAUCAUGCAGCA